AUGGGCUGUAAGAAGAGUCGUUUAAAUACCAACCUGGAUGGAACUGUUUUUUCAAGAGUUUCGGUUCUCCACGACCUCUGCCAAAGUUUCUCAUUCGUCCACACUUUCUUCUCGAUCACUUAUCAGCGCUCUCCAGCGUCCGCACGCUAUUUCCGGAUCGUUUUACACAGUAACAGGACUUUCAGUUCCCGAAAAGGCGCAGAAAAAAAGGCGGUGGAAAAUUUCCAUCGCCAAACCCGUCGGCAGACGGCCGCCGCAAUUCUUCUUCCUGGAACCAGUGGUGUUGCGUAGAAAAUAGAGAAAGUAGAGAAAAGAUCUCAAUAAAAAAUAACUUUUAUUAACUCGAUUUAUUUCGGAUUUUCCUCGAGAGAUUACAACUUUUUUUCUCAAGGAAAGAUCGAACUUUUCUCCUUCUAAUAAGUUUCGAAUCAAAGAAUUUUCAGAGUUUAAUGAAAAAUUGAAAUUUUUUCUUCUCGAAACUAAUUUCCUCGUGCAAGGCGAGCUUUCGAGCGACGUUUAUGGUAAUUGCAUGCAACUCGAUACGCUUUGUAAAUCGACGUCAAAGUUUGGGCUUUUCGAAUUUCGUGCUUCCAGAAUUUUUUUUUCUAAUUUUGUUCCUUUCAAUUUUCAAAACCACACAAGAAAAAAUACUAGAAAAAACAGCCUUGCAGAAUGACAAAAUAGGCGUAAUAUUCAGGAGGAGAGCAUUUUCCAUGCCUCAAAACAAGAGCUUUGGUCAAAAAGUGACAUAAAACAGAGAAAAAUGGGGGCGGAACAUUGUUUUUUUUGUUUGACUCCUGGCUAGUAUUACUUUUCGACUUUUUCAGCCUUCUCAUUGAAAUUAAUUGCUCCUUCGGACUUGUCCAUUUCUUCGCGAACAACAUUCAAAAAAGAGCAGAGUCUCAGCUAAUUAUAUUUCUCACUUUCAUGGAAUUUUUUCAUAACAAUUGUAAUUUCGAAUGAUUUUUUUAAUUUUUGAAUAAGAAGCUCGAAUCGGAGAAGUUAGAGAGAAGUACUUUAAUUGAAACUCUCAACUUCCAAAGAGAAGAAAGAAUUGAUUUGAGUUCCUUGGUCAUUGCAAGAACAAAAGCGAUGCAUUUCUUAUUCAUCGGCAAGUUUUGAACCAGGAACUUUUUCUCUUGACCUGUCCUUUUAAUUUUCAGAGUGAAAAAAUCUCGGAAAAGAUGCGUAAUAUGCAUUUUCUAUGGGAUUAUUUUUUUGAAGUAAAAAUUUCUCAGCUUGAUUAAAAAAAUUAGAUUUUAAUUUUAUGACCGUCAAGAUUUUUUUCAAGUUUCAAUAAACUUUUUUCAAACACGUUUUAAAAUAAAUUCGAACUCAAAUAAUUUGUUCCGAGUUUCGAACUGGUAAAAAAAGAAAAAAAAGAAGGAAAAUGAGUUGAUUGAAGGAUCAAACGAUACAAAUAGAAGGCGAUUGCGGAGUAAAAAGUUCUGUGUAGAUUUACAUGCAUUUCGAGGCAUUUUAUGUAAAUUCCUAGUCGGUCCCAACACUGUUUCAACUUUCCCGUAGAACUUUUUGUCUUUUGUCUUUCAGGUCGAUUUUUUCAAAGAAUUUGUAUUUCAACUUUUUUCUUAUUCGCCGUCAUUAUUUGAUUCAUUUUUUCCAGGCUGGAGAGAUUGGAAAAUCCGCCGUUUAUGGCAUGUCUCAAAAACGAACAAUUGCUUUUCGUUAAGGACCAUCUGACCAGGUGCGACUAAUUCCCCCGGCGGCUUCUGUUUUCUCAGAGAAUCUGUUUGAAGCUUUCGCUUCGUGUUUAUACUCGGAAAAUCCUGUUUUUUGCAGUUUCCUAUGGCGCUACGUGUUCCCGCUGCAGUUCCUCUUGGGAAUCCUCGGCAACUCGCUCAACCUGUGGGUUCUGGCUAGCGAUGAGAUGCCUAAUGUAGCCAGCGACUUGGUAUAUCUUUUCACACGAUUAAAAAAAUUGGAAAGUGAUCUUAGGCUAGAUGUUCAGAUAGAAAAUUGAAUAAAACAACUCCUUUUUUCGUUUUUCGUGGAACGUUUCAAAAAAUACUUCUUUUCUCUCUCAUAGAAACGCCUAAGAAGGGCAAUCUUGAGGAUUUUUGUAGGUUCCCUUCAAGGGACCACCUCACCUCUUAUGAGGGCACUAAAAUUUGCAUAACUGAAUGGGGUUUUAGUUGGUGACCACUCUAAGAAAGCAUGCUUGUGUUCCCUAUUCGCUUUUUUAUACUCAUUUUUUAAUUUCGAUCUUUUUUCGAUCGAAAAUUAAAAAAAAAAAUCAAAAAAUCACUUUAGGAAUCAUCUUAAUCUUAGCCCUCUAGAGAACACUCUCGGGCCUUUCUAAGUUCCCCGACAAGUUGGGUCUUUGAGAACCUGCGUUGCAGUUGGCAGCGGUGUCUUUCUGCGACUUGGCCUUUCUUCUGGUGAUGUUGCCGCACUCGUUGUCGUCCUACGACGUUAUCGCCUAUUCCUACGAUUUCCGCUACUUCUACCUCAACUCCAAACAGCACAUGUCGGCAAUCGCCAACUGGAUGAGCGCCGCCGCAAUUUGGUUCCUUUCCAAUUUCUUCUUCAUUCAGUUUCCGUGUUUUGAGGUUGAUUCUGGCGGUUUCGAUCGAACGUCUUCUGAUUGUUCGGUCUCCACUGCGUGCCAAGCUCUACUGGCAACGCGGUCGAAUGGUCGUCGUCCUAAGCUCCAUCUUCGUAGCCACGGGUCGGUUCAUCUUAUUCAAAACAAAACUCUCAUUAUCUCUUGCUUGUUCUUCAACUUUUCUGAAAAUUUCUAGAUUAAUAAUUGCCCUUUUUUUAGGAUAAUGAAAGUCAAUCUUUCUUAGUUUUUAUUUAUUCCGCCAGCUUCUUAAAAUUCUCUCUUUCUGAUUUUUACGGUUAUUCGUUUGAAAAUACAGUUUGAAGGCUUGUUGACGGUAUACCACCAUUUCGAGUGGGACUGCGUUAUCGAAGAGUUCUGCAACGGCACGCAGAUGAUCGACUUCUGUUGGUACUCCGGCAUGCGGCAUCAGAAGACUUAUCGAAAAAUGGAUUAUGUCAGUUUGGAUACUAAUAUUUCCGAUCAAAAACAAAUUUUAGAUCGACCCGAGCGAAGUUAAGAAAAUUUACAUGCAGUUUUCCACCUUCUUAAACGCAAUUUUAGUGAGUUUUAGAGAUUUGAUUCUUUUUUAACCCUAUCAGGUUGUUUUCGCUCCGAUUGUUCUGGUGAUAGUGCUGAAUGUGAUGAUGAUCCGACAGCUGCACGUGAGCUGGAAGUGUCCGCAGCUCGAGGCGGUCCGAGGGACCCUUUCCAAGCACCAAAUGGUUUCUUUCACUCCGGGUUUGCCUGAAAGAUCAACUCAGCGCCAACGACAACGGGUCACGAUAACUGUGAUCGCCAUCGGCAUCUGCUUCUCUCUGAGUCAAGGACCUUCCGCCUUCAUGGUCCUUUACGAGCUCUUUGCUGGCUACGACAACGUCGGCUCCACAUUUUAUGCAAUCUUCAGGUAACAUCUUGAAUACGAAAAAAUGAAUACCAAUUUUAUUCUCUUUGUUAAUCUAGCAAGACUGCAUUAGUCUGGUGAUGUGAUGUUGCAGGGAGGAAAUAAAACCACUAGGUGAAUUAACUAACACCACGUGUAAAGAAAAAAAUAUUGAUAAUUGUGAUUUUAAAGUUUAUUAUCUAAUGAUUUUCCAGCAUAACAAAUAGCUUGGUGGUCACUGGCAAAACUAUAAACUUCAUUUUAUUUUGCCUUUCUUCUGAGCAUUUCCGUCGUAAAUGCUUCGUCUUGUUGUACCGAAAGUUUCCAAAGGUUCGAGCAAGAUGUCAAAAAUUAAUUUUUUUUGAGAUUUCAGCUAUCACAGAGCAGUAUCGGCAAGCGACUCAUCGACCAUCAAAGAAGCAACUCGACAGACGUGCGAGCAUCGGUGAGAACGCUGAGGUCGCGUCGCGACUCUGCCGCCAGGGAAAGCUGUCUCCUGACGUCGCAGCCGAUGACGACGUCCUUGUCAGCGCCGAGCACACCCGUUGAAUGCUCCCCGAUAACGCCGCACCAGAAGCUGGAGCUGGAGCAUCUGCGACGUCAUCAUUCCUCGCCGCCUCAACAUACUUGCCAGUCGCUCAGCCUCAACAACGGCUGCGACUUCCGAAACGAACGCCGACCGAUGAGUCCUUAUAGGGGUCGGUUGGACUCUGUCCAGUCUGACGACUAAUACGGUUUGCAUUUAUGGGUAGCCGAUUUCAGGUAAUUGUUUACCUGUCCUUGUCGAACCACGAGGUGUCCCAGUUCUCAUCGGCUAACACUUUAUCUGAGUUUUAAACAAUACUUUCAACUUGUCCAUUCCACUUUCACUGUCGCAUUGAAAUACGGGCCGAUCGCUCAAUUAUUCACACCAACGAAACAAUUUUCGGUUGUACAUAACUAACGAAACACGUGUGUACCUCGAGUGAUACAUUAUUUGAGACUUUAUUUUCCAUUUCACUUGACGUGUAAAUAGAUAUUUGAUAGUAAUAAAAGCAUAUUUCAAAAGUUGAACCCGUCAAGAUGAAUGAGAUUGCAGUGAAUGGGGAUAAUCUUACAAGCAGAGAAUCGUUGCUCAGGUUACCCAUAUAUUUAACAAGACUGAUGUAAGAGAUCAAAUGAGUGACGUCAAAAAACCGAUAGCUCACGGAAAACGGAUCGAAAUUGUACAAAUAACAAUAAAAGGACAGUAUGAAUGUUUUCAGAGGGGUAGAUCCGAAGACACUAAUCUAAGCAGCCGGGAAACUUCUACUUACUUAACAUUUUAAUAGGUUAUUUUAGAUUCCAAUUUUCAAAUAGUACCAAAAAACUGCGAUCUCUCAACCUUCCAAUGACUCUCAAAGCAAAGUUCACUCUGGAUUCGAUUACGUGAUUGCAUCAGGCCUGAGCCAACAAGAGACACAAAAGGUCACAAACUUCAGACGCUAGAUGCCUGCGAAGACGUCGAUCGAUUGGUGCUUGCCGGCGGCGUCGGAAACUCCUCGGGAUGCGUGAUGGAGGUCUUCGUCGUCGUCAGCGGCAGCAUCGCCGUAGUCUCUGCGUGUUUCCGUGGCGUGUCUGCGGCGAUUGCGUUGCCGCCGUGGAUCUGUCGCAACGACAUGCACUCGCUGGACGUCGAGACGCGUCUUGCGCUGAAGUUUCGCGAACACGGCGAAUACAUGAUCGACGUCUUCUGCGUCACUAUCGACUUCGAUUGCGACCUCGAAAUGUGA